AUGGUGCAAUCAUGGAUCGUCCACUCCACCAUACCAUCCAUCGCACACAGUAUACUAUGGUUUGAUUCGGCCAGGGAUGCCUGGCUUGAUUUGCACACUAGGUUCUCUCAGAAGAACGCACCUCACAUCUUUGAGAUUCGACGCGCCAUCUCCACUCACAGCGAAGGUCUGGAAUCCAUAUCCGCCUACUACACAACCCUGAAAGGCUAUCGCGAUGAGUUAUCUUCCUAUCGCACUUUACCCACCUGUACCUGUGGUUCUGUUGCUGCUCUCAACGUUAUCUCUGAUUUAGAUUACCUAAUGGAUUUUUUACAAGGUUUGCAUGCUUCUUAUGCGGCUGUUCGCAGCCAAAUACUUUUAAUGGAUCCAUUGCCUUCUAUUCCCAAGGCUUAUUCAUUAUUGUUGCAAGAGGAGCGUCAACGCUCUAUUCAUUCCAUUGCACCGGCAACUCUAGAUCACGCUGCCAUGGCUGCUGGUUCGAAAGUUGCAUCUGUGCCCACUUCUGCGCUACCCAAACCCCAUUAUCAUUGCACCCAUUACAAGAUGGACGGUCACUCUGAAUCCCAGUGUUUUAAGAAGCACAGUUACCUCGAAGGCUGGACUCCUCAUAACACUGCUUCAAAACGCCCUGGUUCACGUGGACAGCCCCAUACUCAUGGCUCUCCUCUCGCUGCCGCUGCCACUUCUGAUUCACCUACCUCCUCAUCGGCUCCCACGCUCUCUCUAGCCCAGAUUUAG